AAAAAGUCGAUGUUGCUCCAUUAUCACCUGGCUCAAAAACCGUGAAUAAAAUUCACGAUCAAAAUCUUGACGAAUUCUCUAAACCAUCUAUUAAUUCUGAUUCUACAGAUCCAUUCGAAUAUAAUGAUGAUCUUUCUCAACCUGAUAAAAACCAGAUUGUAGAACAAGAUUUAAAACAAGAACUAUCUGCCUCUUCAACUUCCAGAAAAAAUUUAACUUAUAAACGGAAUUUACUGGAUGGUGAAAAUAAUCAG